GAAGUAUUCACUAUUCAAAACUAAAUCCUAAGUCAAGUGAAGUGAAGUAUUAUUCCCAACUCAAUAACAAAUUUAUAAAUUUUGGAUAUAAUUAAUUAAUUAAUAUAACACGUACCAAAACAUGGAUAAAAUACAACUAAAAGACCUGGAUAUUAGUCUGGUGGACAACAAACGGAACUACAUAUCGGGCGAUACAGUGUAUGGUACGGUGAGCUUCACAGUAACCGGUGGGCAAAUGGAGGUGUCCUGGGUGAGAAUCUCGCUAAUGUGCCAGGCUAAAACAAGCUGGGUUGAAAAUCCUGAUCUACGUCAUCACAGG